AUGGCGACUUUUGACUACAGAGACUUUAGCCAUGUAUUUGGCAAGGCGCGGCCCUUUCCAAACCGCGACUUCUUCCAAGAGACGGAGACGGUUCGUCGCAAGUUUGACGGGGCGCUGUUCAUCGACCGCGUCCUGAAAGCUCUAGGCGUAGGAAAAGCUAAAAUCUACCCUGCAAAGACGGAAAACACCCUCAAGGCGCUUCACCAACAAGUUUGCGAAGCUAACAUGACGAUGCACCACCGCCUAUCCAUCUUCUACUACGUCCUCCUCGACUUCGACUACGCCAACAAGCGAUCCGACUACUCGGAAGACUUUGCUGCCGUCAGUGGAGUGCCCAAGAAGUACCAAAUCUUCAUGAAGGGCCUCUGGCUCCUCGACAGACACGAAUUCAAGGCCGCUCUUGAAUACAUCUCCCACCCCUCUCUGAUGCCCGAUUUCGCCGACGACAUCAUCAUCGCCUUUGCCCGCCACUCCGACGACCCCUCCCUCGCCCUCUCCUACUUCCACACGGUCCAGCCUGUUCUCAAGACGCCGCAGGCCCUCACCCUCGUGUUUGAUGCCAUGGCUGACUCGAGCGUCGCGCAAGCCUUUCACUACUCCCGAACCUACCCGGAGCACACGCGACAGCUCCUCUUCCAGCGCCUGAUUACGUCGGUGCUCGACUCGCCGGCCGGGGACGAGGCUGGACAGAGGGGGCUAGAACUCAUCAGUCUGGCUCUCGACGCGGACGAGGAGGCCUGGUUUGAGGAAUACCUGACGACGGACCUCGCGAAGCAUAAGAGGGCUAGGGAUACCCUCGUUAUGCGAAGAAUAGUCACAGGGAAACUGGAGGAGGCAGUAACGCAGAAGGGCCUCGGUGGUCAAUGGGCGUCUAUAUUGGAAGGGAUGAGGCAGGGUCUGGGUAACAGGGCGUAA